AUGAUUAGCCAUUUUACUUGCUUAUAUUUUCAGUUUUCUGGUCCCAUCGUUUUUAGAGCUGUAUUCCAUAUUGUGGAAGUUACUGUUUUCAAUCUUUUAACAGGAUACAUGGGUGUACCGAACGUGGUUUCGCAGCCAGGAUCUACAUAUCAGCAAACAAUAUCUUUAUUCCAUCAGUCCUUUAAAAAUCCAAAUUGGCCACCCAAUUUCAUAACUCCAGAAAAUGUUUUGGACUAUUUUUGCGACCCUGGAAAUGUCUUUUACGAUGUUUCUUCUUGCAAUCAGCAUAUCAGGAUGCAAAAUCUAAAUCGGCCAUUGCAUGAAUGCCUGCAAUCCAUGCAGGGUAUUCAAUAUACUGUUGUUGGUGCGUUCCCACCACUUUAUGUAAUAAUGAAACAACGGCGAAACAGUCCUACGAAUGUUACACCUUUGGCAUAUUAUUACAUCGUUAAUGGGACAAUAUACCAGUGUCCGGAUGUUUACACUUACGUUCAGUCGAAACUCAUUGGUGUCAUCGACCCACUUCGUCAAGCACUUGAUCAAGCUCGUCAGUUUAGCAGAUUUAAUAUAUCCAAAGGUUAUUACUGGGAAUUCAGAGACUCUGAUAGUGAAACUCCAAAAAAGACAUCUGAGGUGGAAGAAAAGCCACAACUUGCUCGAAGUACUUUUUAUCAACGGACCAGGACAGAUGCAAUGUUACGGGAGCUUUUUGCCAAAUUUCCGCCGCCUAAUAGUAUUCAAUUCAAUUUUGGCGAAAAUGAAAUGUCAAAUGAAAAUGAUCCCGUCACAGCAACUAGUGCAGUGGUUGAGAAGACUGGACAAAAUUCAUCUGUAAAUAAUCAGGAUGUGACAACAACAGAAAGUUCUUCAUCAGGAGUCAAUCAAAAACCUGCUUUCACAUCGCCUUCGAGUGUGCCCGUAACUUCUGCUCAUAGAGGCGCUGGAGCGUCCUCUAGUAGCUCUUUAAAUUUCUCAGGACCUUCACCAGUCUUGCAGUCACCAUCCAAAAACACACAUUAA